AUGAAAGCGCCAGAAAAAGAUGAAGCCGUUACCAACCUCGCCAAGAGCGCCAAGGGCGCAGAGAUGAGCGGAAAGAAUUUAGGAGCCUUGAAGACGAAGACACAAAAUGAUGAUGAUGAAGCAGUGAAGGAAUAUUUGUCUAGUAUCGACAACGAAGUGCUAACAAAAUUGAGUUGCAUUUCAGGCCUUGGAGUUUAUUUAGCCAGACUGAAAUUAAAAGUAAACAAAUUUUAUUUUAUAUACACCAUCCUAACGAUAAUUCAUUUUGCCAUCUAUGUGAACAGAGGAAUAAUUCCGGGCUCAUAUGAUUUUUUAGCGUUAUACCUGAAGGAGAAAUAUGCAACGACAAAUGUAGAUGUACACAUAGGGUUCCUGACAUCUGUUUUUGUUUUCGGACUAAGCAUAAGCUCCAUCCUGAGUGGGUCCCUUGCUUCAACGUAUAGUGUGUUCAGGAUAACAGAUGUUUUUUUGUUUCAAAAUUCGUUGGCCUUACUGAUGACUGGUUUUUCAUUUAUUAUUGGUUCGUACUACUCUUUAAUGUUUAGCAGAUUUUUUUGUGGGUUCAGUGAAGCUGCUUUCAUUACCAUUAUCCCUCCUCUGAUUUAUUCCUACUCGAAAGAUCGGGCUGGCUCAUGGAUUAGUAUUUUUAUAACCAUGUUUCCUCUAGGAGGUUGUAUUGGUUACUUGCUGGCCGUUUUACUACCUAUGUUUAAAAUCAGCUUAGCACAGUACUUCAUUGGUUCAGGAGUCGUUUUCAUGCUUUUCUUCCUUUGCUUCUACUUGUUUGAUGAAGAUUUAUUAAAAAAGUAUGAAGACAAGAAGAGCAAGAAGGAGCAACAGUUGAGGGAAAAGGAACAGGCACAAGCAGAUGGUGCUGCCAAGGAUUUACAACUGGAGGACAAGAACCAGGGAAAAUUCGUUAAGGGAGCAGGUGCUUCAUCGGGUGGUGCAAACGCGGCUGCAAAUUCAGCAGCCAACUCGGCAACCAAUUCAACCAUGAACUCCACCCAGUCGAGCAAAUCUGGUACCACCUCUGCAACUAGUACCCCCGCCGGACAACCUCGACCUGCGAGUGGUAAAAGUCAGAGUGGACACACGCAAGGUGUUGGUGCCGCUUCCGCUGCCGGUGCCGUCGCGCAGAGCAGCCCCGAUUUUGCGAGGAAGGCAGAUAGGGCGAUUGGCGGCAACAGCAAGUCGUUCGAUGAAGGGAUGGACAUCAAGCGAAGGGGUACGAACAGCAGCUCAGGACUAUAUGAUGAAAUGGUACACCAAUCAAGUGAAGGAGCCAGCUUUAACAAAACCAGGUCCUUUAAUUCUACAAGGAAAAAUUAUAGCGACAUAAAUAAUAAUGCUUACAUGGGACAAAUUGAUUUAGAAGCAAACGAAGAUGAAGAACAACAAUGUAUUAGCAACAACAGUUAUAUAAAUAAUAACUUGGAUAAAAUGUAUAUGUUAAAGUCCUUUGGAAAUGAGGAAGAAGCUUGUAUGAAUACGGCUCAGGAGACAAAUGGCAAAGCAAAGAAGGACAAUAAGUACCUAGAAAUUGAGCUAGACAAUUGUAUAGAAUCUAUGGAUGAUGAAAAAAAUAAUGAACACCUAAAUUUGGGUCUCCUUGUUAAUACAACCUUAACAAAUAUUAGCUUUCUCAUAUUAGUCACUGCACUGACUGCACAUACAGACAUGGUUCAAUCUUAUUUGGUUUAUGGUGCACCCAUCCUCUAUGCCUUAAAGAUAUUCCCGUCAUAUAAAGCUGCCACGGUGUUUUGUAGUCUCUGUGCUUGUCUCUCGUCCAUCGUUGGUACCUGCUUUGGAGGAUUCCUUAUGGACUUUUACAAUCUGAACAUACAGAACGUGGACAAAAAUUAUGAACAUAUAAAUAGUAAUGAAAAAAAAAUAAAAAUAUAUAGCAAGGAUGUUAUGGUGUAUCAGUACCUUCGAAUUAUUGGUAUACAGACUUUCAUCAUUUUGGUCAUUGCCGGUGCACUCCUUAUGUUGAUUCCUUUUAUUACGGACACGUAUUUGUUCACCAUCGUCAUGACCCUCGGACUGACCUUUCUGUUCUCCGCAAUGCCUGGCCACAACAUCGGAAUCAUGGUGUGCGUGCCUCAAAACAUUCGCGCCUUUUCCAUAGGAUUGUCCUCCUUCAUUGCACAUCUGCUUGGAGACAUCCCCUGGACCAUCAUCAUCGGAAAGAUUAAGGGAACCCUUUCUCCGGAUUGCGUCGUCACGAGAAAUGGAGAACUAAGCGAGCGCUGUUACCAACAAAGUAGAGGCCUGCGAGUGACUCUUUUUGUCAUCUGCUCCAAGUCCCUCAUCAUGGCGAUUGCCAGCUUUCUUCUGAACGUAUACGCGAAGAAGAAAAUUACGAGAUACCAAAAUAAGCAAAACAAUAAGGCGUGA